AUGUCUGGUGUCAAUAAGGCCUGUUGCUCCAUCCCCCCGAUCGUGGCCCAGGGCUACCAGGGCAAGGGCGAAUACAAGACCAUCAAUGGCUUGAAGACUUACGUCACCGGCCCCGAAUCCGCUACCAAGGCCAUCCUCGUCAUCUACGACAUUUUCGGUUUCUUCCCCCAGACCAUCCAGGGUGCCGACAUCCUGGCCACCGCGAGCGAGCAAAAGUAUCGCGUCUUCAUCCCCGACUUCUUCCAGGGCGAGCCGGCCGACAUCACCUGGUUCCCCCCUCAGACCGACGACCACAAGCAGAAGUUGGGUAACUUCUUCCAAACCAAGGCUGCUCCUCCCGCAAACCUGCCAAAAAUUCCCUCCAUUGUCUCCGAGGCCAACAAGCUCGCUGCUGGCGGCAGCUUCCAGUCCUGGUCGAUCCUGGGUUACUGCUGGGGAGGCAAGAUCACGACCUUGGCGUCUGGUCAGGAUAACAAGCUGUUCAAGGCGGCAGUGCAAUGCCACCCGGCGAUGCUCGACCCCAACGAUGCCAAGAGUGUCAACAUCCCCAUGGCGGUGCUGGCCUCCAAGGACGAGAACCCCAAGGAUGUCGAGGCAUUCGGUGCCAACCUGCAGCAGGCCAACUAUGUCGAGACCUUCUCCACCCAGAUCCACGGAUGGAUGGCUGCUCGCUCCAACCUCGAGGAUGAGCAGGUGCGCAAGGAGUACGAGCGGGGAUACCGGACCGCACUGGACUUCCUCCAGAAGCACGCCUAA